AUGGCGGAUCCAGGUCUCUACACGUACCCCUCCCCUCUUGACGGCUACAGGAAUCUUGAGCCACUGCCAGAUGAGAAAGCCGCAGAUGGCAAAUCCUACGUGAACCCGCCAGCAGAGAGAAAGAGUGACGCAUACACAUCUUUCGCAUCGCCUAUCAUGAACUCAGAGGCUGGUUUUGAUAUCCAUAUCUAUUUCCUGCAGACCGAACCAGAAGAGCUGAAAUUCGCCACAGAGCUCUGGGAGCGCAUACGGCGGGAAUUUCCCGAGCUUCGCAUUUACAGAAUCUGGGAUAGACCACUUGGUCCGCACCCCAUCGGUAUGUUUGAGGUCAACCUCUUCACUCCGGAGCAGUUUGGGGCCUUUAUUCCUUGGCUGGUCAUCAACCGAGGACCGCUGUCAGCACUCAUCCAUCCUAACACAGGUGAGGAGGAGAGAGAUCACACACAGAGAGCGACCUGGAUGGGUCAGGCACUGCCUUUAAACCUGAGGUUGUUUAAGAAGAGGGGAACACAAUGA